AUGCCGGGGUCACCACCUCCUCAAACUCCGGGCAGGACAGCGUGGGACCCGGAGGCUGGGAGCCCACUCGGGGUGGGUGGGGGCUGGGCGACCGUCCCCUCACUCGGGACCGGAGCUGAAGAAGGCGCCCUCCGCUGGGCUCACAGUGCACACAGCGCCCGAGUUCGGCUCCGCCGAGUCCUGGCCGCGGCCUCUAAAGCUCGCGGGCGGUCUCAGCAGACAAAGCCCGCGCCGCCCGCGGGGCCGCCCCCCGCCAGGGAAGGGAGUCCCGGGGCCGAGCGGGAACACAGGGAGCAGCCGCCGUCCCGAGAGGACGCUCACGAGGGCCGGCCCGAGACAAUGAGGACAGGCCCGACGCUGCAGCGGGGCCGCGCGUCCUACUUACCCGGGCGCGGCAGCGGCGGCGGCGGCGGCGGCACGGCCCGGUCGGCCGAGGAAGUUAGACCAAGUUCGGCAGCGCAGAGCGGGAGGGCGCGACUCGGGCCGUCCGAGCGGCGGGGGCGGGGCGCGGAGGGGCGGGGCCGCGGCGGAGAAAAGAGGCGCAGCUUCCCUACGCCGCUCUGCCGCCCCACGCGUCUGGCCCACCAAGGCCCCGCCUCCGCUGCUUGCUCCGCCCCCCUGCAGGCACCGCCCCAUCACUCGCUCCCGCCGCUCACCCCUCCCCCUCCGUCCCCACCCCACACCCUCCCACAUUGA